UUUCUAAAAUGAGAUUUAGAAGUCUAACGCCUUUAUUUAAACGAAAAUAUUCGGUCAUAUCAAAAAAUUCGAUAGCUGUUCUGAAUUUCCCUUUGUCAAAUUUUAAUGUUGAUUUUUUAUGCAAUAAAGAUAAUGUACAGUGUAUCCAAGAAAAUAUUCAGAAACGAAAAGGUGUUGGAGAUAUUUUAAAAGUACAAGAAAUAUAUGAAAAUAUUCGUUCAGAUAAGUUUAACAAUGAAAAACUACGAAAUGAAUUUUUAAAUGAAAUUAAUAAAAUACCAAAUGAUACACAUCCCGACGUGUUUAAUAUGGGCGAUGAACCGAAAAUAGUUAAACCAUGUUUAAAUAAACCACAAUUUAGUCACGAACCUUUAGAUUUCACAACAAUAGCAAAAAAAUUAAACUUACUAAGAACCGAACAUUUAGGAAAUUUAACUGGUCAUAGAAGCUACGUUUUAUUAGGUGAAUUAGCAGAAUUGGAACAGGCACUUAUUAAGUUUACUGUAGCAAAUCUAUGUAAACGAGGAUUUGUGCUACUAUCAGUUCCGGAUAUACUGCCGAGUCAAAUUAUUGAAAAAUGUGGAAUGAACACUAAAGGAGAGAGAAAUCAAGUUUAUGCACUAGAUGAAAAACAUGGUGAAAAUCUUUGUCUAUCUGGAACAUCCGAAAUGGCUAUUGCUGGAUUUUUAAUGAACAAAACGUUUCCUGAAGAUCAGUUACCUUUAAAAUUAGCUGCAGUAAGUCGAUGCUAUAGAGCUGAAACAUCAAAUAUUCAUGAAGAAAGAGGAAUUUAUCGUGUUCAUCAAUUUACAAAAGUAGAAAUGUUUGGUGUGACAAGAGAAAAUGAAUCCAAUCAAUUUUUAGAAGAAUUUCGAUUAAUUGAAGAAGAUAAUUUUACUGCAUUAGACAUACCUUACAGAGUAUUGGAUAUGCCACCCCAUGAAUUAGGUGCACCUGCUUACCGAAAAUAUGAUAUUGAAGCAUGGUAUCCUGGGCGAAAAAUGUUUGGUGAAAUAUCAAGCUGUAGUAAUUGUACCGAUUAUCAAUCACGUCGAUUAAAUAUUAAAUAUGAGAAUAAACAAGGUGAAACACAUUUUGUUCAUACGUUAAAUGGUACCGCAUGUGCAAUACCCAGAAUGUUAAUAGGCUUAAUUGAAGUAAAUCAGCAAUCGAAUGGUACGAUAAAAAUUCCCAAAAUAUUGCAACCAUUUAUGGAUAGUAAAGAAAUUAUCAGUAAGAAUAAAAAAAUACCUCAAUUAAAAUUAAUAAAAUAGAAAGUUAAUCUUAGAAAAUUAUGGAAAUUGUUAAUUCAUGAAAUUACAUUAGAACAAAAAAUAUUUGCUUUUUAAUGAUUUUCCUAUUUAUUAUAUUUUUAAAACGUUCGAUGUUUCGAUUUGUUUAUGCAGAGACGCGAGUGAUUUUCUAACGUGCAUUGGAAAUAUCGCCCUUAAUUACGACAUGUCAACGACAUAUUAAAUCUAGAUACUAUUUUUUUAUUCGAAGAAAAUUUUAUUAGUAGGGUAUUACAAUAUUUUGGCAAAAUAAACACACUUU